ACCAGAACAAAAAAUUUUGUUACAUCGCUUCCUCUAUGCAACCUCAAAAUGAGGAAACUCCCCAGCACCCCUCUGAUUGGCUGCUUACUCUUUCUUGUGAAAGCUGCACGGAAAAUAAACCAUCACUUUAUCUGUCACAACCAAAGAACUGUCUUUUGAGAAGGAGGAAAAUGGAAAUGGAGAGGGAGCCACAGAAAAUAAGAGAGGGCUAUCUGGUGAAAAAGGCAAUGUUUAACAAAUGGAAGCCCUUCUGGGUAAAACUACUGGAAGAUGGCAUUGAAUACUACAAGAAAAAAACUGAUACCAGCCCCAAGGGAAUGAUCCCACUGAAAGGAUCCGUCAUCGUUAAUCACUGCCAGGAUUUCAACAAAAGACUGCUUGUCUUCAAGCUGACAACUUCUAAACAGCAGGAUCACUUUUUCCAAGCCUCCCACUCUGAAGAACGUGAUGCUUGGGUGAAGGAUAUGAAAAAGGCAUCAAAAUGUAUUCAAGAAGGGCAGAGGUUUGCUAGAAAAUCCACAAGGCGUUCCAUCAGAUUACCAAGCACAAUCAAUUUAAGUGAAUUAUAUGUGUCUAUGAAAGAUCCAGAUCAAGGAAUUCGAGAGAUAAAGCUGGAGAAAGACAAGAAAGUCUUCAACCAUUGCUUCACAGGUACUUGCGUAAUUGACUGGUUAGAAUCAAGCAGCUCGGUGAGAAACCGCCAAGAAGGUCUCCUCUUGGCUUCUGCUUUACUUAACGAAGGUCAUCUUCAGCCAGCAGGAGAUGUGUCCAAAAACGCUGCUGAAGGCUUGGCAGAAACAACUUUUCUGGAUGCUACAGACGCAUUAUAUUACUUUCCAGACAGUGGAUUCUUCUGUGAAGAAAAUUCUAGUGAUGACGAUGCAAUUCUCAAAGAAGAAUUUCGAGGUCUAGUUGUCAAGCAAGGAUGUUUACUGAAACAGGGACACAGGAGGAAAAAUUGGAAAGUGAGGAAGUUUAUACUCAGAGAAGAUCCAGCAUACCUGCACUACUAUGAUCCAUCUGUGGGGGAUAAUGAAGCUUUAGGAUCUAUUCAUUUGAGGGGCUGUGUAGUGACCGCAGUAGAGGGUUUGACUGAUGCAAAAAAACAAGAAGCCGAUGGAAACCUUUUUGAAAUCAUCACAGCCUCCGAGAUACAUUACUACCUGCAGGCUGCAUCAGCAGAAGAGCGCAAAGAAUGGAUAAAAGCUAUUCAAGCUGUCUCCAAAAUUGGAAAAUAGAUUUAGACAUCAAUGCAGAGUCACGUGUUUGCUGUAUACAAUCUAUCCAGGUUAUAAAGCAGUGAUGUAUUUUAUCAUUACGAUUGCUACUGAGCCUUGAGCUGGGGGUAAAGUGCUCAACUAGAAAAUCUGUAGUUAUUUCUAAUGAGGAGAUUUUGAUAUGUCACCUAACAUAUUAAAGCGGAUCUUCACUCUAUCAAUCAACAUUGGCUAUUUUGAAUCCUUAUCCUGCUAGAAUUAGUAAAAAUAUAGGAAAGGUAUAUUAUAUUUACUUGUUUUAAACUUUUUUUCUUUACAUUUCUUCAGUUACUUUCUGGUUUCCUGCCUAGGCAAAUAAUGUCAUACAUCCCAGAAGUCUUCAGAAGGCAAAGGAGGGCUUUUCUCAGCUUAGCUCAGGUGUGCUUAACCACUUAAAACCCGGACCAAAAUGCAGCUAAAGGACCCUUUGUGCGAUUCAGCACUGCAUCGCUUUA